AGCCGCAGCCCCCCGGUCACGUGACCGAGCUUCCUCCUCCACUGCCCAAGUAGUCGGAAGUUUUUGAGCGCAGCUGCUACUCCGCGUUGCACUCGAGUCCUGCCGCGAUGGAGGACUUCAGACGUUUCGCCGUGGCUCUGUCCGCCGCCGCCUUCUUCGGGGUCGCGUCCAUAGUGUUCGUGGGCGUGUGGGUGAGUCACUACAGAGAAGGGGUCGCCUGGGAUGGAGGACCGGGGGAGUUCAACUGGCAUCCGGUCUUGGUGGUCAGCGGCUUUAUUUUCCUCCAGGGAUUGGCCAUCGUUGUCUACAGAAUCCCGUGGACUUGGAGGUUCAACAAACUCACGAUGAAGUUCGUUCACGCAGGCUUGCACUUACUCGCCUUCAUCUUUGCUGUCAUAGCUAUGGCGGCCGUUUUUGAUUUCCACAAUGCUGCCGGAAUCCCCAACAUGUACAGCUUGCACAGCUGGUUGGGCCUGGUAGCUUUGACACUGUUCUGCCUACAGCUUGUUCUUGGAGUUGGCAUCUACUUGAUACCAGUUACACCUGCAUUCUGGCGAGCAGCGUUCAUGCCCCUCCAUGUCUACUCUGGCCUUUUACUCUUUGGCAGUGUGAUAGCUGUAGCGCUCAUGGGCAUCACAGAGAAACUCAUUUUUGGCCUGGGUAAUCCGAAGUACAAGGACUCUCCCCCAGAGGCCACUUUUGUGAAUGUUCUGGGAGUCCUCUUAGUGGUUUUUGGAGCUCUCAUCGUCUGGAUUGCCACUCGGCCGGCUUGGAAACGCCCCAGUGACCAGGUCCAGCAUACUCUGCACACCGAAGGGGGAGGGGUCGAGGAGAGCAAAGUUGGUCCAGUCUUGUCUGAGCUUUCUGAUGGAGCGGAUGCAGAGCCGUGGGGGGAUGUCAGGAGGAGGAGUGGCAAAUUGGACGAUCAGGAUAACUGAUUACAACGGGACAGGCUCAGAGCUGAGACUGUAUGUACACACAAUCUACUGUAGUCAGAGGUAAACAUUAGGUAAAUUAUUUAUGCUGAUCGUUCUUUAUACAACUUUAUCAUGUGCUGCUUGAGGUAUGUUUUUGAUUUUAUUUUGUAUUAUUUUUCUGUGAAAGGUAUUGUAAGCACAUGCCAAUGCUGCUGAAAUACUUCAUCGUAAUAUUCAUGUUCAAUUCUCUAUAUUGACAUACACUGCAAAUAUUUAGAAUGUUUGGAUAUUCCUAAUACCUUUGUAUUGUGAUAUCUGGAUUUUUGCACAGCACCUAUAUUUUACAAUAAAUAUUUGCUAAAUCUAAAUAAACAGGUGGCCAAAAUGACUUGGCCCGGAUCCAGCUUAAGCUCGGCACGUACCGCCGCUUUUCAUAAUAAAAUACUUUUCACAAACGUUUAAAAUCAUAAAAGAACAAUAAAAAGAGCACACAAUCACACAAUAAA